AUGGAGGCAAUGUGAGUUACCUAUCUGCCCCAUGUGAAAGUAUUUAAAGUCAUCCAUCCCUUACCUGAAUUUUCGUUGGAAACUAGCCGUAAAAAGAGGCCCUGUUUGUAAGCAUUGCUCGUUAAGACCCCAAAAUAUUUUUGAUGUGUGAAUAUGUUUUGGGUUAAACGGAACCAAAGGCGUACUGGGGAGAGUAGUUAAUAAAUUUAGCACAUUCUGUGACUCGUCAUAAAGGUGCCAAGAUGUUGACAUGCUUUUAAAAUGGCAAAUGCAAUAUGAUAAAAACAUCAUGGAAUAGUCUCAAGUGAAGUAGAUGAUACAAGUUGCACCUACUUUAGUAUUUUCAGCAAGAUAAGUGAAGCUUUGAGUUUCACUCAGUUGACUGUACAUACUUCAGAAACUGGGUGAUUAUUGCAGCCCUUUCGCCCUUUUCAGUCAUAAUUGAUAAGAAAGGCCCCAUGUGCAAGCCAGGCAUCCCUACGAAAUCAUCUCAAGAGAGGUCAAAGUCACUGGGUUAUGGAUUGCUAUCGACUGAAAGUAGUACAUGAAAGACUGAUACAAACAGCGAAAAAUGUUCUUGUCGGGUCCCAAGUUCCUCUCUGAAUAAGCAUCGGUUGUCGUUGUUAAUGUUUAAGACGAUAUUCGAACGACUGAAAUUAGCCUUCAGUAAUGGGCUUGCAUAUUGGAAUUGUGGGGAAGAGUAGCGUCUUUCGUUUUCGUGUUGAUGACGAAUCCAAGCAGUGGUACGCCGACAAGUACGGGUCCGUGAGAAUAAUCCCUUCUGAUCGAGGUACUGCAAUCAGUUAGUCAAAUACCAACCCAGAACCGAAAAUUCUGACUCUACUUAUUGAUGCAAAACCACUCCUUGUACUGCCUUAGGGUGGCUUUGAGAUUUUUCGUCGAAGGACACUGACGAUGAUCAUAGCUUUUUGUACCUUCUACUUCUUGUUUGCCGCGUGAUUUUUGGUUUGCCAAGACUUAUUUGUGCUGUUUGAUUGUGGUAUGCGGCUUAAUCGGGCUACUAGUAGCGAACGGAUGCCCUAAAAGCAGCGUACAAAACCUGGGUGAUUCUAAACGAUGUUAAACUGUGUAUGGCAUCCUUUUGGAAUUAGUAACGAGCAGCGAAUAUUUCUUAGAAGAACUUCAUUUAGAUCAUCAUAUUCUGAACUACAUGCAGGUACUUUACUAAAUGACGGUACUAUCAGCAAAUGGGAAACAAGCUGCAUAAACAGAGCACCGUCGAGUCCGUCGCAACAUCAAAAACUACCUGGAAAGUCUCACUGGAAUUAAAUCUGUGGCCCCUGGCUACCAGAUGUGCAGUAUUCGACUUGUGAGCUCCUUGUUUAACAUGCCUGCAACCAUACAGGCAGCUGUGCGUUUAUUCUCAUGAAUAAGUUUCAGCUGCUCCCUUCAGUGUUGGGCGCUCCAAGCAGCAAGUUAAUGGGCAGUUAGAGCUGACGAAAUUCCUUACUCUCUUAUUCGUAGGAGCAGACUAGUCGAGAACAUCGUUAUUUUUUUGAUUUUUUAAAAUGUUUUGAUCCAGAUAUGAACUUCUCGUAUAAUUGUGCGGGCCCAUCUAGAAACCGAUGCAUAAGAUAACAGAUAUCUUAACGACAUAGGACGGUCGGAACCGGAAAUACGAGGAAACGGGCCUAUAGUUGCAAUUAGCUCACAGUCGGACGUGGGAAUAUGGACCCCCAUGUUACUGCAGGUGUCUUCGCGCCAAAUUUCAGGAAGGUUCUCAUCCCCAUGACUUAACGUUAACGCUAACCCAAACAAUGAGCCUCAUGAACCUAGCCUGAAACCUGACCCUCUAACUUUAACGCUUGCCAAUUCCGGGGAUUUAGGACAAGACUACCUGUAAUUAUGGGGUUCAUAUUCCCGUAUCCAAUUUAGAACAUCUGUCUAGGAGUAACAACAUUUAGUCUGUGGCAAGUAACGAAACUCAGAUAACAUUGAGCGAAGUUCUUAUGCUUGACUUCAAUAGGGAAAAGAUGCCCAGCUGGGCUAUAAAACUGGUAAGUAUAAACCGUGGUUUCACUUCACUGGUUUCCCGAUGGUAUGCGCGCUACCCGCUUAGAAAUAGCUCUACUAUUGUAAUCCUAUUGAGAUAAGGACAAGAAAGUUCCUCUUUGAACAUAUUUAGAAAAGAAAACCACCUGUAAUCUUUUUGAAGAUUAAUUCCAAUUGAUUUUAUAACUAAUGUUUGUAAACACAGUUGCGGCAUUUAAAAUGGCAACAAUUAUGGGUAAUUCAUUUUGACCCACAUAAGUUGACUGUAGUCUUGCCAAAUGUUAAAUAAUAUGUUGGUUGGCAAUUUCUUCUUUAACUACAUGCCACCACACUCCAUCUUUCCUGAGUGUUUUUCCAAGACGCAACCCACUGUCCUCAGUCAGUGGAAGAGUGCAAGUGACGGCGAAGCUCGAUCAUGCAGAAGCUGCGUCUCAGACGCGUUCGGCUCAUGUAAACAAGCUAAACCGAAAAUGUCCUGAUAUCCUGCCCUGUCACGACCGAAAGAGAUAAAAGUCAAAAAAUAGUUGUGAUUUGUUGGCAUAUGGGAUUUAUCUUCACCCCAUCGUUCAGCCAAAGUAAGAUCUAAGUUCACGCAAUUAUUUCGAAGAUGAGGUAGGGAUGAUGUAGACAGAGGCCUGUGCAUAAUAUUCGUUAGUAGCUCGAUUUUGGCCAUGAGGAAGGCAGAGCACUGUGCAGUUUUAAAGUACAGACGAUACUUCAGCAUUCAAUAAAUUAUUUUAUUGUAAAAGUAAGAGCAAGGAACCCGAUAAUUCUCACGAACUUUUACCUCCUACUACAACAACUAAAAUCCUACUGAGGAAGUUUAUAACGUUCAUAUAUUUUUACUGACAAUAUAUCCGACCACAUGUCAGAACAGCGAAGUGGUACUCCAUGAAAUUCAUUACUUGAGUGUGAUGCGCAGUAUUUAAGAAAACCCAAAUAAAACGUUUAUAACUCUUCUCUAAGACGACAGUUGGACCGUCGUGUCUGACGAUGUUCACCCUGUGCUCCACAACAGGAGUGAGAGCGGGGAUGAUGACUAGUACGGGAAUUUCUUUAUAGUGAUGGUAUACCUGCGCUGAAUCUGCCGCACACCCUCCUCCAACUCCCUCACCUGGGCCCCAUAGCAUCACAGAAUCAAAAAAACGGAAGACGAUGAAGGUGGCUGGCACGGUGAAAACAUGCACCUAGUGCUUGUAAGUGCGAUAGUAUGGUCUCAGACGAUGGGGUUUCUACAACACAAUCAGCUGGGAUGAAAACGUCGACAAUAGCCUUCUUCACAUAUAAUGUAUAGCUUAAUUGGAAACUGUCGUGAUCUAUGCAGAAACCAUGAGUCGGGUUCGAGUCAAGCAACCUGAACGUGUCCCUAAACUUCGACUGGGGGAAUACUUUAGUUAACUUGUUAAAUUGACCUUAAUUCUUCAGUUUCAGAGUCUCAGACUAAAGUUUCUACAGACAGUGGCUUAGCGUUGGAAAAAGCAGUAAUCGAAAUAACAAGUGACAUUGACACUGAGUCUAUCAUCAGCAAGUGGGAGGUACCUGCAACGAAAAUCCUCCGAUCCAGUGGAUCUGGGAAUUUUUAUGUUUGCAUGGCUAGAAGGAAGGAAUGUGGGGUCGGCUAGUUCGUGGCGCCUUAAAACUCAUUAAUCAUUUUCACUAGCAAAUGCACAAUAAGGCUUGGUACAAUAACACGUUUGCUAAAAAAACUGAUUAUAAAUAUUUCGUUUGACUUGCCGCUGAACGGGGCACAUUUAAAGCGAUGUUGGUCAUUGUGCAUAAGUAUACAAGGGAGAUUCUGCUAACUGCCUUCCAGAGCUAAUAAAAGUGCUCUAGAAUGAAACAUACGGUAGACGUGCCAUCUCAUGAAAUGUUCAUAGAAAUUCCCAAGUGUUUUCGAUUAAAAAGAAUAACCUAAUUAAGGUUCUUAUUUUGGUCGUACAGCAUAAUCUCGAUAUAAUUCAGCCAGGCUAGGGUAUCAGUUUUUGAUGCGUGUCUUCCAAACCGCUGCUUGGGUAGUAUGGAUUUUUCCCACUGAUUUUUGGUACCCUUGUAAAUUUAAAUAUAUUUUGACGAAAAAGUGGGAAACGUUCUUUCUUACGUCUAUUUGGCAGGAAAUUUCGUCUUCUUUAAAUGUGAAAAUUGAAGAAAAGGUGUAUUGUGGUUGGGAAAAUUAUUUAAUUAUGAGAUUUUUAAGACCGUGAUAUAUUCAUACAUAAAGCAUCAUAUCUGUUGAUUGGUGUUGCUUGUCAAGUAUACAACUUGACUCAUACCGCCCCAAAAUAUUAUGAAACCUAUAUGACAUCUUCUCAAUAGCUUAUAGGAAAUUGCGAUUUUUCUUACGCGGAACAUACAUAGGUUGGAGUUUGGAGACCCUGAAUGUUAGUGUAACAGCCCUUCGGGUUCAGAAUUUUUUUGGUUUUGAAGAAAGUUUUUUUAAGCCAAAACAUAACCUCCGUUGAGUAUAAAAUUUAAAGAAGACGUAAUUUUCUGCUAAACAUGCACAAGGAGGGACACUUUCUGCAUGUUUUCCUUAGGAUAUACUUGAAUUAUUAGGGCAUCAAAAAUCAGUGGAAGAAGGUAUGCUACUUAAGCAGCCAUUUUUAUAGCGACCGAAAAUAAGUAUAUUCAGAAGCCGGCAUCUUGACCUAACAGGAAUUAUGUUGCUUGAUAUAUAAUAGGACAAUCCUACUUAAGUGAUCAUUUGUAUUUUAAACCAUACUUUGGAAUUUCGAUCAACAUUUCAUAAGAUAGAACAUCCACAAACUGCAUAUAACAGAAUUACAUAUCACUUAGUUGGAUUUGUGCGAGGACUCAUGUAAGGAAAGAUUUAGUACACUUGGUCAUGAACUUAGGAGUCCUUGAGUUUAUUUGGGAUCUUCUCGCCUAGUCCAGGAGUUGGUGAUGCGAUUAUUUUUUAGUGUGGCAAUGCGCUCGCAAAUAUAUACGGGAUUUUUCACAAGGUGAAAGUCGCAUGUAGAAAUAAAACUCAAUUGCGCCCAUAGCAACUUUUCUUAAAACGUAUCAUAACCGGAGACAGUGCUCGUAAUUUCAUAUACCUUUCAAGCUAAAAACCCCAUGCGGUCUUUGAACAGUCAAGCGCACCUGCCAAUUUGCACUUUGUAGCAUCCAAUAAUUAGGCACAUUUUCAUUGUACCCACUGACCGAGAAUAACUACUGGGAAUGAUACUAGAAGAUUCAAAAUUAACUGACUUGUGCAUGUAUUGUAGUCCGUCCAAUGGCGUUGGUUCGUUUAAUGCAUGGCUCCAGAGAUGUGCUAUAGAUCCCGCACAUUGCAUACUUCAGCCUUAGCAGGUACUUGCGCCUAAGAUUUUGGUUUUGGAGAUGCAAAGUAGCCUUGAACUCGUUGGCAUCAUGCAUGGUGAAGGUUUGGCUGCCUGCUCCGACAAGAUCUUUAAAAGUUAUAGGAGGUAGGAGGAAUUUCUAUUUUGAUUUCAUUAAAAGUGCAUAUCGAAUAUCUGUUGCCAUGGAGCAUGCAGACGAAAAGUUAGUAAACGUUUCACAUAAGCGUUUUAUAGCUACCGUUUUCCCAAAUAUAUUGAUAUGUAUUUGGUCAAUUAAAUUCGGUUUAGGGCUGACACUCGACGCACUGACGAACAGCACACAGGCGUACCACAAGCCUAAGUUAUUAAUGGAGAGAUGAAUUUAAAUAUUUCGGAAAAACGUUUAACGUUUCUAUGUUAUGGUGUCGCAUUGGAAGUUUUACGUUUGCUUCUUCGCAUCAUUUCUUGACUUCUGUGGUCGUAUUUCUUAAAAUCCUAUCACAGUAGUCUUCGGAUUUUCUUUUAGUUUAUGCGUUCUCGUUUUGUUGUAUGUUACAUGUUUUCUGUGGAGUUUCAGACUGCCGUGAGUCGGCCAAUCAUUUCCUAUAGUACUUGAUUUCAUAAAAUCGAAUACCAUGUGAGGUUAAUCUUACUUCAGUCGCAUACAUACAUUCUCACUAAAAGGAGGCCAAAGGCCACUGACUGACGUUUAUUACAGGUAUAGCAGUCUAGCUAUCGUGUACAAAGACCAAAUGCAAGGUUCGACUCCAUGAAAAUCGCAGUUAAACGAGUACGAUGAUUUUCAUGGGGAACUCAACGGUUGAUAACCACCGAAUCUAUUUCUAAUUAUAUUUCUUCUUGAAGGGAUCUGUGCUCAGUUUUCUUCCUGUAGCAUAACGUUUAGCUCAAAGAAGUAGGAUCGAUAAAGAAGGCGACAAAUGAUUUAGCUGUUAUGCAAUUCAUCAUUUGUAUAGCUGUCUACCAUUAGCCUUAGAUGCGAAAAUUUAAUCUGCUAACAUUUAUUUAGUAUGCUCGUGCUCAAGCUUUUGGCGCUUGUAAACUCUUUUCCUUGUCUGGCUUCAUUUAUGAUUAAUUGGAUUUAAUCAAGUGCCCUUUGACGUUUUUAAACAAACGGCAUAGAAAAUUGAUGUUUUGGUCAUUUUAAUAACAUCGCAGUGUCGCUACAGUUUACGCUUGCGCACUUGUGUAAUAAAGGUAUGCAUUUUGACUUCCUGCAAGGACGUUACUUGUAAUGCGUUUGCGACUUGGGAAUUUUUCAGUUGGCGAAAUAAACCUUUUUUUCCAAAUCGAGCAAUAUUCGUACUGCAAGGACAGCCUGUGUGCCAAAAUGCCAGAUCGUCAUUCAUGUUGGGUAAUCCCAGGAAUUUAAAGCAACAAUAAUGCUUAAAGGAAAAUAACAACCAUUGAUGAUCCAUCAAGUGUGUCAUCAUGACUUCGGUUGUUCAAAGAAUUUGAAUAACUGAGCGCACACAAAACGUAUUGAUUCUAUUGAUUUCCCCACAGUUUGUAUUUACUGUGUACGGCGCUUCAAUAAGACGCUUCCCUGUAGGAAUACACGUCUAUAAAUGUUUUUUUUCAGAAUUAGGUCUCAUGACAAUCAUGUAAUGCUAUUUAUCUGUCCAAAAUGUUAGAUAACGCCCCCGUAACUUGUUAAAUGUCUCGCUUGUUUUUCCGAUAUCUAACAUAAACUUUGUUAUCCAGACAGUUGUCCCAGAGAUAUCAUGCAGUAAACCGCCUCUCUUCAUGGCAGAAAGACCUAGGAUUGAUCAGUGAAGGUAGUUACAAGCUCAAAACGGUCCUCAUUAGGUGAAAAACGGCGCUGUAUAUUUUGUAUGGCAGUAAUGAUUAUUAUACGAAACCUCUAUCAAAAUCGUUUUUUGAGGAUGCUUGAAACGGUCAAGAUAUUAACUUGCCUGAUAGCAACGUCAUUUUUUAACUAAACCUAUUGAUAAUAUAGCAAAUUGCAACAGUAUUUAUGAAGUACGCACAUUCUACAGGUAAAACACAUUGUGGAAAGUGUUGUACUAGUGUUUUUGGGGGGUUGGACGAGACAAACAGUCGGCGGAGUUUUUAGUCGUUGGUCGAGCCGUUUGAUUUAGCCCAACUCCAUCCAGAGGACAUGGCCAACGACUAUGAUUUCAGCAAGUGUGACAGACCAUCCUAGCCUACAUAAAACAAACAGUAUAAAGUACUUUAUUUGUAUGAUCCUUUAUACAUUAUGAUCUAGACAAAACACGAACAUUGCGUGCUGCGUUUAGCCACGCAAUACAAUAACUUUGUUGUGCUAGAAAAAAGCGAGAUGACCGACGUUCUAUACAGGACCACAUAUUCGUCCAUCCUAGUUUAGCCCAACAUAUUUCCAUAACGCACAUUGAAAUCUCUCCGACGUAUUCCGUAAACAGUUUUCAUUUACUGUUUUCCAUAGUUUACUUCCACAUAUCCCUACUAGUGUUAAGGAUAUUUGGUUGUCAUUGCUCUUACGCAGACGCAUAGUUUCGCCUUAAACAUGGCCAAACUGCCGUGGUCCGUUCGAAGGAGUCGGUUUUAUUUUGUUUGGCCUGAGAGAUUAGCAAUUGCACGGGUUUUAUAGCACAGAUAUCACAAAAGGCUGCCAAGUUGAGCAGUCAUUUUGCAAGCACAUAGCGGCAAGCUGUUCACAUGCACAAUUAUUCCUACAUGGUUACCUAGGUAAGGAGCGUACUGAGGAAAUUUGUAAUACAGAAGACUAGAGUAUAAUUAAUAAGUAUGAUGACCAUAAACCUAUCUACCUUGCCUUAAUAACGGGCUCAUAUAAUCCUAAGGAGCUGUUUGCAAGUAUUUCAUAGGACUCAGUUCCAAAAGUCCACGCAAGACGUUGGAUGCUUAAUGAAUAAAUAGGCAACCGAGGUUAAUUAAAUAUUUCCUUUAUCGUCCGAAGUUACGGGUCGCUAAUCAAGACUGGAUGGUAAAUUAUAAGUAAAACGCAAAGUAAUCGGAACUAUGCGAUUUGCACUACCUCGUCUUGGUUUAAAUGACGGAAAGUUAAGCCGUUUUGCUUGAGCAUAGCGCCCUAAAAUGCGUUCCCAGUGCUGUGUGCAUACAAAGUAGUUGACCUGUAAUUUUUAAUACGCAUACUCGGCCAAAUGUUAUUUUAAUUUCUGCCCAUAAGUACUGAUUUUAAUAAUUUGAUACUAAGAUUUAAAUGUUCACAAGUUUUGUUUUAUGUGACCACUGGAGUUCCUUGCUUGACACUGACCUUGACUUUGUCGAAUCAGAAUCGGCGAAAUCAGCAAGCGACCAAAGCUCUACGAGGACGGCUAUGUGGACUCAGAAGACGAAGAGGAGAUGUCGCAAAAGGAGCGUGAUUUAGCAGAGGAUGCGGAGUGGAAGAUUUUCCAAAAAAAUACCUUUACGAGAUGGGCAAACGAACAUCUGAAGCAAGCGAAAACGUCAGUUAAUGAUAUACAAACGGAUUUUUCUGAUGGAUUGAGACUCAUCAGUCUGGUUGAGGUUCUCUCUGGACAAAAAUUUUCAAGAGUCAACCGGCGGCCCACUUUCCGGACUCAAAAAUUAGAAAAUGUUACAAUGGUUUUGAAAUUUUUAGAGGAACAGGAAGGAUUAAAACUCGUGAAUAUUGGUAAAUUUUUUAGGUAUUUCUAACGACCUUAUAGAUAGCACGGAUAUCGUUGAUUCCCGCUUGAAGCUAAUUCUUGGGCUUAUAUGGACGCUUAUCUUGCACUAUUCGAUUUCAUUGCCAAUGUGGGAGGGAGAAGAAGAGUUGCCCCAAGUACGAGAAUAAUUUACAAUAAUUAAUUGCGCAGUGAUUUACAUUCGAAAAAGCACUACUUCAUGUCCGUUUUAUUAAAUUCCCUUGAACUCCUUUUUGCAGGACGAUAGAGGUAAAGGUCCAACCGCUAAGCAACGCAUCGUCUCGUGGGUUAACGCAAAAAUGCCUGAUUUGCCUGUGAAAAAUCUCACAACUGACUGGAACAGUGGUGUUGCAAUCGGCGCCUUAGUUGACGCAUGUGCUCCUGGUCUUUGUCCUGACUGGGAUACCUGGGGAAACAGAAAACCGAUAGAGAACGCAACUGAAGCCAUGACCGCCGCCGAACAAUGGCUUGACGUGCCCCAGUUAAUACGUCCAGAAGAAAUGAUCGAUCCGAAGGUUGACGAAAAGGCGAUGAUGACUUAUCUCAGUCAGUUUCCAAAUGCAAAACUUAAGGAAGGUGCUCCACUCAGACCUAAAAUUAACCCUGCUCGCGUCCGUGCAUAUGGACCCGGUAGGUCAUCACCCAAGUCCCCUGUUAUAAUAGUGGUUUUUUUAUUUCUUUGGUUUUCGCAUAUUUAACUUUAAAUAUCAAAAUUUAAGGCUUGGAGCCUACGGGAAACACCAUUGGCACUCCCGCGCGUUUUACAGUGGAGACGUUUAGUGCUGGUCGAGCCAAGCUUGAGGUUGUUGUACUUUCGCCGAAUGGUGAAUCAGUACCGGUGAGCUGUUUACUUGACUCUUAUACUUUAUUUGACUUUGUUUCAAUUAACUGCGUAUUUUGAAACUCGACGUUUUUCUCAUUUAGCAUUUGUCAUUCGACUGCAUAAGUUGCAUAACAUGUUUUGAGGGUUUGCCACAACUAGACGCUAAAAAUUUUUUUAUGGUAUCCUGCUCUGAAACUGAACUAAUGUAGAACUUCUCAAUGGUUAACUUCGUGUUUUUGUCAGCCUGUAAACUUAUCUAGAUCUUGUAGGGUAGAUUAAUCAGUAAUCGACUAAAGUUCGGGAGCGGACUCGCAUAAUUCCAUUUUUCAUCUCUGCAAGCUGUUUAUUUGUAAUGUGAAACUGCAAAAUCUACACAGCUGUCGAUUUACACAAAUAACAGGCAGCUCGUAAGAUCUGUAGCGCUACCAUAUACUGACGUGGAGCUCUUUUUAGAUUACUUAUGGUCUGUAUCCUGUUGUUUUGUUUGCUCAUAAGGAGCAAUAUUGGGAUAAAAAAGCACUUAACGGCCUCACAAACUACAGUGACCAAUCAGUGUAUAUACAAUUUGUACUAAUCUGCUCCUUGAGCGGUAUCGGGCCGUUUGUGCCUUAAAUUCAGCGAUAGAUAUUUUUACAAGAAAAAUAAAAUACUUUUACACGCUCGUUGCAUGUUUCGCAAACGCCUAAGGGUUUUAUAAAUAUUCAGCGUUUUUUAUGUGACGUUCGCCACCUAUCCGAUAUCACAGGAUUUAGUUUGCGGUGUUUGUCUGCCGUCGUCUGUCCCACCUCAUCCUAGAUUAUUAAAUGGUUGCGAGUAUUGUCCAGCUUUGUUAUCUCAAAUGUCCUCUAAGAAAUAGCUAAAAGCUAUAGUCACUAUGAUGAACAGCCUUUGCAGAUGGCUAAAAAAUUAUCAACUUGUUAACUCUGAAUACCGUUACUGACUGUAAAGAUUAUUUAUGUAGUCGUGCAAUUUUUAUUUGCUUGUUAGAGUUUAGCACGAUUUCCAUCUCUCCUACACCUCUUACGCUUUAGUGCGAUGUCAUUGCAAAUGAAGAUAGGAAUCUAACGUAUUCCUGCUCCUAUGUACCGAAAAAGGAGGGACAGUAUCGAGUCAUUAUUAAGUACUCAUCGAAAGAGAUACCGAAUUCCCCAUAUCUGGUACAAGUCCAAGGUGCUCCCGGAGAUCCCAAAAAAGUGAAAUUAUCGGGCCCUGGAAUUGAAGAAAAUGGCGCAAAUUUUGUCGGCCGAAGGACCUUUUUCAAUGCAUUUACAGCCGGUGUGUUCAUUAUGUUUCUUUUUGUCGGUCUGCAAAAAUGACAAUCUGAUUUUCUGGCUUUCUGGCCAAAACUUGUAAAUGUAAAUGUGCGAACUUGUUUUUUACCCUUGCAAAAGUGUAGAAUUCAAAUCGACUUACACCUUUCAGAAGAAGGAAAAUUGUCAAAAUAUUGCUGUCGAUACGUUACGAAUAUAACCCGAAAACUAAAUCAACAAAAUUCACACAGCAGUCGGUUUUCAUUUAUAAAACGAAACCCUGAGGAUCCGAUGCACUUCCAAUAUUGACGGUGAACUCCUUUCGAAUCACAUAUAGCCUUUAUCCUCUCUUUAAUAUUAAAUGAAACUUCUUUUUCAGAGGCUGGCGCGGGAACUUUGGCUGUUGAAAUCACCGAUCCCUCUGGGCGCAAAGACACGAUUAAGCCUAGGAUUACUCGGGCGGACGAGCAGUCGCCUUACCUCAUUGAGUACACACCGAAAAUCGAAGGUGUGCAUCAGAUUAUGGUCUUCUUUGCCGGCCAGCAGGUGCCGACCACCCCAUUACCCGUGAACGUCGGGCCACGUAAGCAUUGCAUUUCGCGUUCUUUUGAGCCUAGAUGUCAACGGUUUGGACUAUUACCUGAAACAUGAUGGGUGCAUGCAGGUUUUGAUUUAGCAGUUUUUCCUGCGAUAUAAGAAUACCCAAGAAACAUUUACCAAUGGACCUGCCCACCACUUCUCAUUGUUUUCCACUUUCUUACUGGUUAUUUUAAAAGAAAAUGGAACUAUACAUUGUGCAUGUUUCGCUUUCAAGUUCCUGCUAUUUGAGCAAUCAGACCUCCUUUAAGUAUUGCUGGUAUAGUUUACUUUGUAUAUCAUUUUGACAUACCAUUUUUUAAACUCUUCCAUUUUUGUUAGGUGAAACACCGAAAGGCAAGUUCAGCAUGAGUCAUCAUUCCGAGGAUUUGAAUGAGUACCUUUUCUAG